AUGAGGGGGAUGCCGCCUGCCCGACUUGCCAAGAAGAACGCGCCCAGCCAGGCAUUCGUCAAAAGGGUAGUGAAUGCUACCCGCAGCUCCUGUGUCUGUCGAAGAAGGUACUCUCUGUUUAGGAACAAAGUUUGGACCCCAGCUGAGGACGUAACGUAUCGGAAGAACCUAGACAUCAUUUUCCAAAGUCAUGUGUUCUUUUACACCGUUCUGAAUGUGGAUCGGUACAGUCACUUUCUGCCCUACGUCACGAAAAGCAAAAUAACGGACAAGAAGGAGGACCACUUCAGGGCUUUCCUCCAAAUAGAGAAUCUCCUUUUCAAGGAAUCAUACCAUUCCGUCAUUCGGUUCAAGGUGCCUACCACCGUCAAGGUCUCCAGCGCAGACACGAACCUGUUUAACCAUCUGAACACCGAAUGGAUCAUUGAAGAAAAACCCGGUUGCAUCAACGUCGACUUUUGCAUAAGCUUUCGGCUAAAGAACCUGGUUUAUCAAAACUUCAUGCGCAUGUACAUACAAGAGAUGGGGAAGAAGAUACUCUACGCCUUCAUUGAGGAGGCCCAAAGGAACAGCGUGAAAAAUGUCGACGUGCUGUUCCGUCACUUGCUUCAGCGGUGA